AUGAACACAACAUUCGAUGAGCAGCGGAAAGAUGAGGUGCUCAUCGGAGAUCCGCAGGAAGUCGACCGUGGUGACCACAGGAGCACACCUGAGAACCCAAUCACUAGCUUCAGUAUCCACCCCACAGCUGUCACGGGUCAGGAGCACACGAUAGGGGAUACCUCAUACCUAUCGGAAACUGCCGAAGUACCACUUCGUGGAGGUGCAGCUUGGCUCGAUUAUCGAGACAGCCUCAAAGAGGCUGGCCACAAGGAGAUGCGAAAAGCAAUUGAAGAGGAGGGUCAGCUGAACCUUGAGGAGAGCGAGAUCAGUGGAUGUGCCACUCGUGAGGCACGUGCACACUGCGCGUCAUGGGAACCCGUCCCUGAGAGCGGGAAUAUCCCCGGGGUUUAUGUUGCAAAGCCGACAAUCGGCAAUUCUCUGAAGGCAAUGAGAGACCGACACUUCAAGGUGGGAUCGGGCGUUGGGGUGAUGACGGCACUUGGCAAACGCCAUAUCCAGAGGGCAUGCUCGCUUAUUAAGCAGCAGCUAAUGCAAUCUUGCGUUGAUAGUGGUGCCAUCACACUCGCUUACGACAUACUCGAGACCUUGCCUCAGGAGUUCAAGUCCGGAAAGUGGACGGAAGAGCGGCGUAUGGGCGAGAUGAUGCGAAAUUACGAUCAUGCCUGCAGCAUGGAUUUUGGCGCGUUCGAUGGAAGCUGCACGAAAGAAUGCCGCGACCUGAUUGAGAACGACGUCAUAAUAUCCAUGUUCAUGAAGAUCAUGAGUGCCGAGGGGCAGGACAGUCUGCUCAACGCGGCGAUCCGAGAUAGGAUAAAGAACAAGGCAUCCAUCUCGGUGAAGAAUGUCGUGAAGGCAGUGAUCUGGGACAUGAUCAGAGAAAGUGGCGACCGCAGAACGAGUAUACUGAACUUCAUCACCAACCUAACGCUAGUCUAUGCAAACAUGUCACUGAUGCUGGAAAAGCGUGGGGUCAAGGAGAAGGUGAUUAAGCAGAUGAUCACCGACAGCCUUAAGUGUGGCAGUCUCGCUAACCUGAUGGGAGAGGGCGAUGACGGACUUCAAGUAUUUGCCGAUGCUUUCGUCACCCCUGUGGGCGACAAGUACAGCUUCGGGACUGAAUGGUGCAAAGGAUAUGCUGAAUACGGUUUCAAGAUUGAGCCUCAGGGACCGACAGGCGAUCUAGAGUACCACGAGUGU